GGCGCCUUCCUUCUAGAAAGGCGGGCGGAGCCUAAAACCAAACAUUUUCGGAGAAUUUCGGGGCGGGGCAGACGGGAGCGGAUUUAGCUUUCAGAUCUCAGAGUAGAGUUGGCUUUUUGGUUGUUGGACCCAGUGGUCGGGCGGUCUGCGGUCGGGCUGAGAGGCGUGGAGCAAUGGCGACCUUUGUGAGUGAGCUGGAAGCGGCCAAGAAGAACUUGAGCGAGGCCUUGGGGGACAACGUGAAACAAUACUGGGCUAACUUGAAGUUGUGGUUCAAGCAGAAGAUCAGCAAAGAAGAAUUUGACCUUGAAGCUCAUAGACUUCUCACACAAGAUAAUGUCCAUUCCCACAAUGAUUUCCUCCUGGCUAUUCUUACGCGUUGCCAGAUUUUGGUUUCUUCACCAGAGGGUGCUGGAUCUUUACCCUGGCCAGGGAGUUCUGCAGCCAAACCUGGAAAACCCAAGGGGAAGAAAAAGCUUUCUUCAGUUCGACAGAAAUUUGAUCAUAGGUUUCAGCCACAGAAUCCCCUUUCUGGAGCCCAGCAAUUUGUAGCAAAAGAUCCCCAAGAUGAUGAUGACCUAAAACUCUGUUCCCACACAAUGAUGCUGCCCACUCGGGGUCAGCUGGAAGGGAGGAUGAUAGUAACUGCUUACGAGCACGGGCUGGACAAUGUCACCGAGGAGGCCGUCUCAGCCGUUGUCUACGCUGUGGAGAAUCAUCUUAAAGAUAUUCUAACAUCAGUUGUGUCAAGAAGGAAAGCUUACCGUUUACGGGAUGGCCAUUUUAAAUAUGCCUUUGGUAGUAAUGUGACUCCACAGCCCUAUCUCAAGAACAGUGUCAUAGCUUACAACAAUUUAAUAGAAAGCCCUCCAGCCUUUUCUGUUCCCUGUGCUGGUCAGAACCCAGCUUCUCACCCUCCUCCUGAUGAUGCCGAGCAGCAGGCUGCACUCCUCCUGUCCUGCUCUGGGGACACACUGCCUGCAUCUUUGCCUCCGGUGAACAUGUACGACCUUUUUGAAGCCUUACAGGUACACAGGGAAGUCAUCCCCACACACACCGUGUAUGCCCUCAACAUUGAAAGGAUCAUCACAAAACUUUGGCAUCCAAAUCAUGAGGAGCUGCAGCAAGACAAAGUUCACCGCCAGCGCCUGGCAGCCAAGGAGGGGCUUUUGCUCUGCUGA